CAGAUUUUACCAACACUGUUAUUUUUGCUGACAUGGAAUUGUGUUUUUCUGUUGUAAAUUUGUUCAAUAAAUUUAUGUACAAGUACCACCAAUGUUGAUGUCAAGCAUACGAAUUAAUUACGAGCCAACCCUAAGCAAAAGAAAAAACUAAUAAAUGCCUCAUUUUCUGUGGCCACAACCAAUACCAACACAAGAAUUCGAUUUGCACAGUAAUUAAUAUAUAGAAAAUCCCUUUACGAAAAUGUCGUCCGAUCCGAACGAGCACCAGCAACAAACUCCAGAUAUAACAAAUCUGCAGGAAAGUUUUUUGCAACAACAAGAGAAGAUAUCAGCCCUAAAGGAAUUAGUGCGGAAGUCGGGAGCAGCACAUGGCUCCAGCAAAACGGCUGCUCAAGAGAAAGUAAAGCACAUAGCUGAAAGGUUACUAAAGUCCAAAGCUAAAUCAAAGCAGGGUUUGAAUGUGUCCACCUACUCGACAGAAGUGACUUCGCAUGAAGCCUCUUUGGUGUACGAGAAUAAGCCCGCCAGCCUAAAUGUUUCUCAAGUGUCGUCCCCAAUGCCUCCGACGCAUUCCUCUACUCCCAAUCCGACGCCAAACAGGAGUCAACCCUCCAUCGCUACCACAUUCAGUACACCUGGUAGUGAGAAAAUCGCCUUAAUGAGGCAACAACUAGAGCAGAAUAAACUUCGUAUGGCCAAAAAAGCUUCUAGUAAACAGCAUCUCGAACAGUUGGUUUCGCAGUUGAAGGAAAAGUUCGACUCUACACAACAAUGCUUGGAAAACACCACGGAAUUGGGUAGAUCUAUGUCAGACCUGAGCCAUCUUAUAUACACACCAGCUAACAGAGACCGGCACAAAUCAGCAACUGAUUUGUCAUCACAAAAUUUCAGUCUCGAAAAAGAACGCAUAAAAUUUCUGGAAAAUAGAUGCCGACUUCUAGAGAAACAACUGGAAAAGGAGAAACAGAGCAACAAUCGCAGUAAUAACCCUGUGCCCAAUACAGCAGACCUAGAGAGGCGGGCCGACGAGCUACAAAAUGAGUUAUGCGAAAAAGAGAGAACAUUCCAAGGAGAACUGUAUAGGCUGCAAUCUAUAAUUGAUGGCUAUGAAGCUCAGCACAAGGAUGCGUGGACCGACGGAAACCUACUCAUAGAUCAGGAAAAAAUAAAAUUAAUUGAUCGCGUAGAUACUCUGACCAAGGAAAACUCUAAGCUUACAAAGGAACUCGAAGAACUAUCCCUACAAAUACAGGUAAACAAAAAUGAAGGUGACGAGCAUUUGAAGAAGCAACUGGACGAGCUCUCCUCAGAAGUUCCUACUCGUUCCUCCGAUUUGGAAAUGGAAAAUCAACAACUUAAGAAAGAACUCGAAGCGCAACUGGAACGUAUUAGAGAGUUGAAUGAAACCAACGACAUACUUGAAACAGCCCGUUGCGACCUUACAUCCAAAGCAACACAACUGGAAGAACAAAUUAAACAACUUCGGGCAGAAUUAAUUGACAUCCAAGAGAAGUUCCGCGUUAGCGAAGACAAUUGCAAGCGACUCCAAAUGGAGUUGGAAUCAACUCAGAAGCCUGCUGACAAAACGGACACCGAUGUUCAAGUGAAAGCUGAAAUGGCCAAGCAAAUUCAAGAGCUUAUGGAUGAAGUUGCAGAGUUGCGGGCGCAAAAAUGCAAACUCGAACAAUCAGUUGCCGAAUGUGAAAAACUUGAAGUUAAUGAUUCCUCCAUUGCCGAAAAGAUUGCCAGUCUGGAAGCAACUGUUAUAUCCCAAAGAGAAGAUUUACUUAAAGCACAGGAAGCCCAGCAAAAGAACGAGGAGGAGUUAAUGGAAAAGACUAUCGAGCUUAAUGUGCUCAAUGCUCAAUUCAAGGUUCUGGAAGAGAAAAUGGAAAACUCAAGUAAAUCAAAGCCAUUAUUUUCAUCGUCAUCGGUCGUUGGUCACGACAGUGGUAGUGCAGAAUUGGAAGCAGAAAAUCAACAGCUAAAACAGAAACUUGAUGACUCCAAUAAAGCCAUGAUUAAGUUGAAACUCAAGUGCAAGCAAACCGAAAAGCAAAUAGAAAAACUGAAAAAGGGUUCGGAUUUGCACCAGGAAGUGGUUAGACUGGGCAAGGAGAAGGAACAGUUGCAGCAAAAAAUUACUGAGUUGGAAGACGAAAAGGGUCAAUGGCAACUGACGCAAGUCGAACCAGUUGUACCAGUUUGUUCACAUGACGAUAAGUUUAAGGAAUAUGAUGACAAAAUAGCAUCUCUAACGGCGAUACUGGAAGAGAAAGAAAAGCAAUUUGAAGCUCUUCAACAAGGGGAACAAUCUCGUGUGAAAACCGAGCUGAAUGAAGUCCAACUAGAAGAGCAGGUCAAUGAUCUUUCCGAUCAAGUCACGUCGCUGCGUAACGUAUUGGAAAGUAAAGAAAAGUCUUUACAAUCACUACAUGAAGAAAUGGAAUUGGUCAAGAAACAAAAGGAUGAACUGGACAAGAAACUCGAACAUUAUCUCAAUGAAAACCUUGAACUUUUAGACAAGGUUGAAAAGCUUAGUAAAUCGUCCUCGUCCGCAGAAUCCAUAGAAAUAGUGGAAAGACUUACGCACCAAGAAAAGCAAGAACUAGAGGAAUUCAACAAGCGUUUAGAAACAGGAGAAGCACAGUCGGAUAUGGCGGUUCACAAAGAAUCAAUUAAUGAACUAACCCAAACUGAAAUGAAUCCUGAAUUGACGGAAAGUCUCAACCAACUUCGAGAAGAGAGCUCAGAAUUGAUUUCUAAAAUAGAGCUCUUUACGAAUGAACGCAGGGAAGUUUUGGAGAAAAUGGAAAAUUUGACAUCCGAAAACGUUGAGCUGUUGGCGCGUAUUGACGAACUGAAGGAAGAAAAGGGUGAUUUGGAAUCGAAACUGGAUGCUUCUAAACAAAAACAAGAUGAACUUUUGUCCCUGCUUGAAACAGCCACCAGGGAGAAGAACUCUCUUACUGCCCAAAUUGCUGAAUCGAAAGCAAACAAGAGUCAGCUGUCACAAGAACUGACUUCGCUCCAACAAUCUUCGGAGGUAGUCGCUGCCCUAGAUAACAGUGACACUCUAUUCGAUAAAUGUGAAAAGUCACUGUGCAAGUUGAACUGUGAAUUGGAAGCAUAUCGUAAGGCGCACGACAAAAAGUCAAAAUUCAAUGUGUCCAAAAAGUUAGCCAAAGAAGCUGAAAAUGCACACACACAACUAAGCGAACUGUUGGUUAAGGUAAAGGAAGCCAGCAGUGCUGUGGAAACGGUGACAGUGGUGGAAACCGUGGUGGCCGUCACAGCGCCCAACGGCAAAGCUUUGGCAGAAUAUGAGCAACUGACUGCGCAAAAUAGAGAAUUAAAAGCCUCCAACAUGGAACUUCGAAGGCUAUUGGAUGAAGCCAGGUACAGUCAGGAUGAUCAAGCCGACAAUAAAUUUUCAGAAGAAAGGCAGGCUAUUGCCUCAGAGAAUGAACUUCAAGGGAAGCUAGACAAUGCACUGCUACAAAAUGAGGACUAUGAAACUCAAAUGGCCGAGUUGCAGUCAAGAGUGGAAGACCUUAGACGUGAGUUAUAUGAAUCCCGAACGGCUGAUGAAGAGAAAAUGGAAGUGAUAAGCAAGUUAACCGAGGAAGUGGCCAGCUUGAAAAAGCUGUCGGAAGAAUUUGAUAGCUUGAUGAACGACAAAGAAAUGGCGCAUGAAAAACAGGUAGAGCAAUUAACGCGUCUUCGCAAGGAGCUGGAAUCCAAAUGUGACACCUACGAGCAGGAAAUGGAAAUCCUGCAAACUCUGGUGACCGAACAAAAACAACAACUGAUUGAAGCCUACAAAGAACAUGAACACGAAAUGAAUGUCAAGCUCUUGGCCCUGCAACACAACGAAGAACAAGUGCUCGAGCUAAGACAAGAGCUUUGUGAACUCAAGCAAGCAUCCACAACGAAUGGAUCCGAUCUAAUGCAAGAAUUGCAAAGCGAAUGCGACAAACUCAGAGAAGCUUUGAAAAUCAACAAAAAUUUAGUUCAAGAACAGCUCAACGAGCUUUCCAACAAACAAGAAACAAUUGACACUCUCAAUCAACAAAUAAUAGACCUUUACAAGACAAUGGAAGACAAUGCCACGAAGAUCAUCGAAAAAGAGGAUGAAAUUUCUUAUCUACAGGAAGAUCUCAAUGAAAACAAGCGGCAACUGCAAGAUUUACAGAGACAAUUGGAAACGUCGAACAAGGAUCUGCAAGAACACUUGCGAAAACUGUCGCAAAGCGAAGGGACGCACAACCAACUUGAGCAACGCAACAAGGAUCAAUUGGAAAAACUAAAGAAGUACGCUGCUAAUCUCAAGAAAAAGGCGUUACAAUGCCAGGAGUUGGAAAAUAAGCUGCAAGAGGUACAAGACCAAACCAAGGAAUUGGAUGGCCUGCGCGCUGACAGAAACGAUUUGCAGCAACAGUUGGUGGAAGCAAGAAAACAACUGGCCUCAAAAACCGAAGAAUUUGUGGAUCUUUGCUCGGUCAGAAAGACAUUGGAACAGGAAGUGAAACAACUACAGCUAGCUGUCAGUGAAAAGGAGUCUUCCAUACAGGCCCUUCAGGCCAAUGCAUCGGCCAAUAUUCAAUCCUCAUGGGCCAUUGAUGAUCCUUCUGAAGUUGAGCAAUUGCAGCAAGAACUUUUACUGAGUCAAGAGGAAUUGAGAGUGCGUAACCAACAACUUGACGACAUCAAAAAGUCUUUGUCACAAGCCGAAGACACCAUAUCACAACUGGAACAACAACACCUAGAAACAGAAGCACUACGUAUGGACUUACAGAUCGCCCAAAAUAAAAUCAUCCAGUUUGAGAGUGAAUUGGCAUCCGCCCGGCAGGAAACCUUCGAAUGGGGCGAUAAUUCAGAGGCUGAUCGGCUUCGGGAGGAGUUGAUAUGCACCCAAGAAAAUCUUACUCUUAAAACACGAGAAAUCGAGGAGCUGCGACAAUCACUGAUGGCUGUACAGGAGCAACAAAAUGAUUGGGGCAACUCCACCGCUUCCAUCAAAAAUGCUGACUAUGAAAACUUAUCUAAAGUCCUUGCCGAUAAAAGCGCCCAGCUUGAGAAGUCCGAAAGUGUAAUAGAUGAAUUGGAAAAUGAACUUAUGACACUCAGAGAAAAGGAACACGAAAGCGUGCAGACAAUCAAUGAGUUGCGGGUGGAAUUGCAAAAAGCUUCAGUGCCAGCACACGAUGAUUCUUCAGAGCUUUCAGCCAUUAGAAGUGAGUUGGCGUCUCAGGAGCAGCGUCUAAAGGAAGUUUCUGAAGAACUGAAAGCCAAAUCUCUCAAGUUUGAGAAGUCCAAGGCUGUUAUAAAGGAACGUAAUGGCCAAAUUCAACGUUUGCAGGCCCAGCUUAAAGAUCUACAGGAAAAGCUGUCUUCAUUGCCCGAAGAGGAGGCCACUGUUUCGCCCAUGCAUCAAUCUCAAGUUGCUGCUGCGAACACGCAAGCGCCUCUAAGAGCUGAGCUAGAGGCUUUAAAGGAUUCCUACAAUCAACUCAACGACAAAUACCAGCACGAAAAAGCGAACUUCCAGCAAACCAUAACACGUUUAGAAACUCUCCAUGACGGUAUUCAGGCCAAGCUGCAGGAGGAUAUGUCCUACAUUGAGACUCUCGAGCAAGAGAAUGCCAAGUUCAAGGAUAAAAUUGGACGCUUGGAGGAAUGUGUUGCCUGUUUUGAGGAACGCAGAGCUUCGAUGGAGCGCAAGGUGAAUAUAAUGGACGCCCAGCUGCAGUCGAAUUCUGAGGAGCACGCCAAGACCGAAGAUGAGUUAAUAUAUCGACUGAACAUGCUCUCCGAACACGAUGAAGUUAUUGCCCAACGAUUAAUCGAAUCACAAAGCGAUAAGGAAGAAAUGGAAGACAACUUCAGCAAGCUUCUCACAGAGCAUAACAAUCUGCAGGCAAAAUACACCAAAUUGGAAAGGGAAUAUGCAGAGUUCAAGACGGACAGUAACUCAGAAUUCGAACAGGAAAUGGAUGCAUUGCGUGAACAGCUUUCGAAAACCGAAUCCGAGCUGGAACGGCAAAAGGGCGUUUAUGAUGGCAAGUUGGCUGCCAAAGUCACCGAGCUGGACGAACUAGAAUGUGAGUUGAAUGAGCAAUUGCAACAGACGAAUGUGGAGAAGCGUGAACUCUUGGAGAAACUCGAGAGAUUAUCGGAUGAUUGCGCCCAGCAUCAGAAUGAUAUUUUGCGUCUUCAAGAAAACGUCAACACCCUAGAGCAGGCAAAGACCGAAUUAGAGCGUGAGACAUCAUGGCUGAGGAUGCAAAGUGAAAAUUCACAGCAGGAUUUGUAUGACCUACAAGAACUGCGCAUGCAGUCAAUGCAGGACAAAACCGAAAUUGAAAACCUGCGGCAUCAAAUCGAAAGCCUUUCCUCGAACCACGAGAAUGAACUUCAGGCUUUGCGCACUCAAAUAGCCGAACUAGAUACGCUAAGAAUGCAAGUGGGUCAGGGACAGAACCAAACAGAUGACCAAGUUUUCAUUGAGACAGAAAAUAAGCGCCUUACUGAUCUAUUGGCUGAAAAAGAAGCCAUCAUCGAAAACUACCAGAGACAAAAUUUACAAUUGCAGAUGGCAGCCGCGGCAGCAAACAACAGCAACCAGGUCGAUCCAUUUGCCUUGGCAUUUGGUUUGCCACCACAGAGUUCUGCAGCCGUUUCAAACGUGAUUCCGACUGCAGAUACCAAUGACAUGGAACGUCUUACUCAGGAUCUAAAUGAGAAGAAUGCUCUUGUAUGUCGUCUACAACUGGAUCUAGGCAACCUUCAGACCGAAUUUAGCAGCCUUCUUGAGGCAAACCAAGAAAUGCAACGCCAAAUAAAUGAACGCCACGAAAAUGCUACCAAUGUGCAUACUUUGCAAAGCGCCGUCCCCCUAACGGAAGCACAGCCUAGUGAUGUUAUACCCGCACCGCCAAUGUUCUUUACCUCAGAGACAUCUGUUCGCUCGCCCUUUGACGACAUUAUGCAACCCACUGCCCAUAGUGUGGAUGCAGCGUCAUUAGCUCCGGCUACAACAGAACAACCCACGAUUGAGGACCUUCAGCGCAAUGUUUCUGACUUGGAGAAGCAUGCACAAGAUUUGGAACACAAGUUGGUAAUGCGUAAUCAAAGGGAUGCCGAACACGAAGAACGCUUAAGAGAUCUUGAAAGUCGUCUGCACGAUAGGGAAGUAACGCUUCAACAAACUACUGCCGAGUUACAAGGUGUAAAAGAAGAAUAUAAAAACGUUAUGGAGAAGCAAAGCGAGCUAGUCCCUCUCCAGAUCGAGCUAGAUUCCCUUAAGCAUCAAGUUCAAAUCCUUGAGGGUCUUCUCCGCGAAAGAAAUGACGAGUUGGAUAGGCUGAGGCGUGAGCAUCGCGAACACAAGGAAGAGUUACAACUAAAGAAGACAAUCAGCUCCGUGGAGAAGCAAAUUGUAGACCCAGUCAUACAGCCAACACUGGACAUGUUCUUUGCCAAUACCCCAGAUCAAGUUUUUGAGCCGUUCAUUAUACCUCAAGUGUCCCAAGAACCUGUGGUAGAGGAAAUUAUUGUUCCUAAGAAGGUGUACGAUUGCCAUCCCGAAGUUAAGCAAGACCCUAUCUCAAUUGCAUCACUUGAUAUUGGUGGUGACGACUGGGGUGAUUCAUGGGGCAAUAGCGAAGCAAUGGCCGAGGCAGAGCACUACGAAAAACAAACCGUUUCCCAGAGCGGUGCCAUGGCCCAGCCGUCGUUGAUCCCUAGAGAAAAAUUGUUGGAGAUUCAAAUGCAGGAACUCAACGAGCGUUUGCAAGAGCUGCAAUUGGCCUUGGAUCGCAGUGAGGACCAGAAGAAGGAGCUGCACAUAAAGUCAGGCAAACUUAUGAAGAAAUUAAAGGAAUACAAGGUAAAGAUUGACGAACUUCAAACUUCAGCAAGUUCAACCGCAGCAUUCCGAAAAUCUUCCUCCAUAGAAUCGGGCUCAAUGUUUGAUGAUCUCGACGCAGCCAUUCAAGAUGAGCUCAAAAACCAGAUCAAGACAUUGGAAGCAAAAUUGGCAGAACAACUUAAGGUGCAAGAGCACAUGAACACGGAGAAGGAUAAGCUGUUGAAGCGAAUUGAUGUGUUGACAGCCGGCAACGAACGUAUAACCGAGAUGAAAGAGCGCCAAGACAUGGAAGUGCAAAUGUAUCAAGCCCGCAUAAAAGAACUGCAACAAAAGCUCCAAUCUUUAGAUGAUUGGGGCAAUGAUGGCAAUAGCCAGGAACAACCGGAAACACAUAAGGAUAUUGAGACUAAGGAAAAGAAUUCUGCUACCACUUCUACUACUAUCGGCGAAAGCGGUCUUCAGCAGAAACUUACAGCUCUCUCGUUAGAACUUCAAGAUAGCAAUGGAGAUCGUAUAGAACUUCAAGCUCUGCUGGAAGAGGAGAAAGCAAAUUCACAGCGUGCAGAGAAAACUAUUGAAACGUUGCGUCAGAAACUUGCCCUUGUGGAGGAGGAAAAGACUAGCGAAAACGAAUCUGCUAUUCAGCUUAGUAAUCUUAGAAUUGAGGUACAACACCUGCUGGACGCCAACAAAAAACUUUCUACAGAUUUUCAUACGCAAGCCGAAAUCUUAUCCUUGUCACAGUCUAAUGAAUUGCGGCUCAAAGAAGAACUUGAGAGUCUCCAAAAGGAAGGGGAGAAUUUGAGGGAAACUCUUGCCAAUACCAAGCAAAGUCUUAUUGAUUUAGAAUCCGAAUUAUCCUCAUUAAAGGCUCUUAAGGAAAAGCAACUGGAUGAUGCAUUGCGCAAACCAACAGAAAUUCCAAACCCAGAGUGGGAGCAACUCAAAUCGGAGAAAGAACUUUAUGAAGAGCAGGUGCGAACACUUAAUCAACAGAUGGAGGAAUUGAAAGUGGCCAUGUCUAGCGGCAGACAUUUGGAAGAGGACCAACAGGCCAUCGAAGAAAAACUCAGCAGGCUUCAGGCUGAAAAUGAUUACUUAAAGCAGGAGAAGAGUACAGCAAACAACAGUGACGAAUUGUGCGUCCAGCUCCAGGAAAAAGACUCGGAAAUACUACACUUGAAACAGCGCAUCAAUGACCUCAUGAACGAAGAUCAGACAGAGAAACUUGUACUGGAAAUAUUGACCAAAAACCAGGAAAUCCAAAUGCUUAAAAUGCAGGUUAAAGAGCUGGAAGAGGACAAACACGAAUUGGAAAACAAUCUGUCAGUGCAGAUAACCAAAGAAAUGCAUGCCAACAAAGAAGAGACCUCAAAAGCCCAAAUGGAUGCCUCCAAACAACAUGAGCUGGAAGCCCAAAUCAAGGAGUUACUAACGGAGAAAAAGCAGAUGGAGGAGGAGCUGCAGGUUCUCAAUGCUCACAUUAUGGAGAGUCUACAUCAGGAGGAUAGAUUGAAGGUGACUGCUCUGGAAUUGGACACCAAGAAUUUGGAAAUUUCGGAACUGCGUAAAACCAUCGAAACUCUGCAGAAAGCUAUAAUGGUAGGUGGCCACAAAGUAGAGCAACCUGAAACCUCCGUUGACAUUACGGCUCUCAACGCUCAAUGGCAGGCCGUGGUAGAACAGCGUUGUGGGGAAAUAGCUAAAAUGUGGCAAGAACAUGUUGAGCAGCGCGAAAAAGAUUUCAAAGCCCUGGAAGAUCGCCUCCGAGCGGAAAUAUCUGAACUAAGAAAAGGUCACCAAUCAAACGUUGCCAUCGAACCUGUGCAACAAGGUGUUUCGGUCGAAACAACUUCAUCUUCCACUCCAGUCUCCGAAUCGACCACUGCCUCGGGCACUACCUCAGCCGAGGCCUCCCAUGAUGGAACUCCAUUGCGUAUCAGAAGCCAUGACAACGAGGCGAACGUCGACGCAAUAAUGGAGCAAAUGCAAAGUGCUUUAGAGGCACAAGAAAUGGAAAUUGUAACCCUAAAGGAACAAUUAGCCAUACGAUCGGCCGAGUAUGCUCGACUUGCUGCUCAGUACGAUCCAUUUAAACUGCAAAAUACUUCCUCUCACAUUGGUUUUAUGGAGAGUAGAAAAUCAAAUGUAACAGCUGACGUCGCCACAGUUCCUAAGUCGGAAUUAGAUUUGGCGCUGUAUAUGCUGCACCAGCGCGAUAUGCGUUGCGAGGAAAUGACCGUGGAACUGGUCUCCCUACUAGAAGAAAGGGACACCCUGCAGCUUAAACUGUCCAAUACACUUAGACAGAUGGAAGCAAUAAAGUCUACCACUCAAACCGGAGGAUCGUCUGAAGCGCCACUUUCCAGCAGUCCAUCUGCAUCCCAACACAGGGUAGACACUAUUCCGAGCACCUCCUCAGUUGCGGGUUCAACUGCGGCCCCUGUUGACGAUGAACUGAGUUUAAAAUUGUCCCAAUUGCAAACCGUAAGCCAUGCCAAGGACAAGGUUAUUAAAGAGGAACGCGAACAACGAAUACUGCAAAUGGAGAAACUAAAACAAGAUGUAGCUAAAAUGCCUCCAGCUGCUGUUUCAGAACUAACGGGGAGUGAUAUGUCGCAAGCGAAUCAGCCUACGUCGAACGUUUUACUCAAUUGGCUCUGGGGCAACAAAAGUGGCCAUCCAGGGAGCGCACCGCCAGAUUUCUAGGAAUUUCCCAACUUAAAGCCCCUAAUGUUUCUUUCAAUUUCUAUAGUCCCAUUCGAUUCCUCUGACGAUAUUCGUUAUUCUUGUAUUUUUAUUGCAUUGUGUACCUUUUGGCAUCUGCAAUUUCUUUCCUAUAUCUAUAUAUAUAUAUAUAUGUAACAUAUAUGUAACAAUAUUUGUAUAUAUCGUAAGCAAUAAUUUUAACGAUCAUUGGGCUCUACUGUCCGGAAGUACUCAAAGCCUUCUCGAGACCUUUGGAUCUUCGAUUCGUUUGUUGUUGAUGCCCAUGCAACAGUUUGCAUGCGAUAACCUAAUGUUAAUUCUAAAUUAGUUAAUUUUUUUUUUUUUUAUCAGAUGUAAGUUUUUAUCUAUAAUUGAAACAUUUUGCGUAUAGCUUCUAAAACAACAUUCAAUUUAGGAUAACAUACCAUUUAAUGUAAACUGUUUACAAAGAAUACGAAUAAAAUAUCUAAAAAAAAUA